GGGGCCUCGAGCAGGGAGCGGCCUGGAAGGAGGAGCUGACACCGCAGACUGUGGGCGCUCGGAGGGUCGCGGCCCGAGGGUGGGGCCGAUCUGGGGCAGGGAGACUUCCAGGGAGUGGCGGCUCGUGGGCGAGGCCUGGAGGCUGAGCCCGCGUCUGCAGUUUUCCGUCGCGGGGCCCGAGGGCGCCGUUGGUGGGUGCGUGGUGGCGAGGCGUGGCGCGGAGGUGCGGUUGGUCGGUUGGUGAUGAGCGUGGCCAGGCCAUGGCCCUGCCGCUGUGCCUGCAGCUGAAGGCCGCGCUGGCCCGCAGCUGCCUGCACUGCCAUGGCAACUUUUUGGCGUUCUUCACCCGCCAUCACAUGAACCUCAAGUCCUGGUAGGGGGACGACAUCCCCGUUGGGCUGCUGCUCACCGACUGGAGCCAGGACAUAAUGAAGGCGCUGCACUUGGCCAUCCCCGCGAUCGCCCGGGAAAAGCUGAACCAAGUGGCAAACACCGUGUACCAGUAGCUGGAUCAGCUGUACAAGGGGAAGAUGUAUUUCCCGGGUAUUUCCCCUAAGGAGCUUCACGCUAUCUUCUGGGAGCGGGUGCACCUCAUCCAGAAUGCCACCGUUGAAAGUGAGCUAGAGAGGCUGAGGCAGGGGCAUGCUUCCCAGGGCCUAGGGGACCCAGGACCACAGGAGUAUUUUAGAGGCCUCUCAUCCGCUGGGAGCCCUGGGCCAGGGCGUAGCUGGGGCUGGUGUUAUGUGGAUAGGGUGUCAGUGCAUCCGGGCAUUAGAACUCAGAGCCUGCGGCCAGCAUGGGACCAGACAGAAAUCCCCGAGCAGGGCAUCUCCCUGAGGGAGGAACUCUUUCAUGCCCUGGGCGCCAGCAGGCUGGCCCCUAGAGGCACUGUGAGCCUCUGUCCAGGCCAUGGGUGUCCCUCCUCUACCUCCUCCUCUCUGCCUUUCAUCACGUGGGUAGGAUGGGGUGGGCACCACUGGCCCUCUGAACUCAGGGCCACAUUGGCUCCCCACAGGUUGCUGGUGCAGUGGAACACAGCUGUGCAGGGCUUCCUCCUUUACAUCCUGAUAUCACCAAGCUUCGUGGGUCUGGAGCCCCCACACCCCAUCACCCUGACACUGGACAAUGCUUCUGAGUGCUGACAUAGCGCCGAUAGCCAUCAGGCCCACUGGACCCACCCCAGCUGCAGUGUGGGGCCGGGACUCAGCUGGGCUGUCCCAGCCUGACUCUGGAGCAGGCUUGCAGCUCUCUGUGGGUCCCUGCACAAGCCCAUCAGAGCCAGGCAGGGCCAAGGCUGGGAGGAGGGGAAGGGGGAUGGAUUGUAUCCAGCAGAUGCUGGGUGGGAUCAGAACUAUAUGAUGGGUGAUUAAAUGCCCCUGACACUUCUCAUCAUGGAGCAGUUCCUGUAGGGGCAGGGAGAACCAUGUGAGGCCUGGGCAAGACACAUCUGGUCAUGGGCACAGGGUCCAAAGGUCAGUCCCCACACCAAUUU